UAGAAGAAAAUUAAAUGACACGUGUAAAAUAUCCAUUGAAUAGAUUUUGAUGUCACAGCAAACAAGAAACCGCACUGAAUUAUUAACCUGUGUUUCUCUCAGUCAGACAUCUGAGCUACUCUCCUCCUUCUCCUCCUCUUCUCUUUCUUCACCUUCAAACUAAUACAGAGAUUUCAAAAUUAUUAAAAAAAAAAAAAAAAGCAAAAUUCAUAGGGAAUGGCAGGCGGAAGUAAGCCCAUGUUGGUGGGUUUGUUUGUGGUUAUGGUAAUGGGAAUUGCCCUUUACCUGAAGCUUUGGACUCUCGAUUACUCUGUUUCAUCUGCUGACAACGAAUUGCUCCGGAGGCAGUUCGAUCUUGCGAAUAGGGAAGCAAUGGAUGAAUCUGCAGAAUGGCGAUAUAAAUAUGAUAGAGAGGUAGAUAAGGUUAAAAAGUGUUCGAAGGAGCUUAGCGAGGUUAAGGACAGUUUAGAGAAGCAAAUUGAGGAUUCUGCUAACUUUAAGGCAAAACUGUCGAUACUCCAAAAGGAAAACACUUCAUUGCUUGAACAGUUGGAAUCCUUAAAAAAACAGCUAGUGAAUGCAAAGUUGAAGUUCGGCCAAUUAUAGGAUAAUUGAUUCCAACUGUUCUAUUGGGCUGAGUAGAUCUUUCUGCUGCUUUCUAGCUGUUGUCUGAGGACAGUUUUCAGUCACAAUUUUUUGCUGAGUUUAUAGCUUCGGAUCCACUACAGGUAAAAAGACAUUUUUUUAGGAUGCCAUGUUUUGUACCAGCUAUGUUCAGGACCAAUUAAGUAUCGGUUUUUUCAACUAAGGGGCAGCCAAGGAAUGGCAAAACUGUUGCUCUUUUCAAGAGUAGAAUCCUUUUUCCUUUCAACAGGUUUACUGUUUAUGCUGGGAUGGGGGUUGCUGGUCAAUUUUGUAGUUGUUAGGUGCCAAAUAGUGUAAUUUUUUGCUUUUAAUUGAAAUAAUUAUUAAUUGUAAUCCUUUUUAUAAUGGUUUUGAAGUGGUUUUUUGUUGAAUAGAUAAUUUUGCUGGUUUUUACUGGUC